AAGUCUGUCAAUCAAAACACUGCGGAAGGUCAGGACAACAGGAAGUGACGUCAUUUUACACGUGCGAGGAACCGACCGUGUUAUGAUCGUGUUGCCUGUACGAGCAGUCUGGUAUCGCGUUGUGACAGCCUGCACAAGAGAAUACAUUAUGUAUUGCCCUUACUGUGGCUUCAGAUUUGACACUUUGCCAACUUUUUGCAGCUCAUGUGGUAAAAAUCUUAAGGUUUUCAAAGAGACACAACAGGAAACGUGUGCCCCCAUGUCAUCGGACGUUGCAGUAGUUAAAGCAGACGUGGGCACAACACCAACGCCCACCUUAAAUCAGUUUUUGGAGUACCGACAACUGAAGUCUAAAGAAAGAACUAAUUUUUCAAUUUCCAAGAAAGGAGGAUCAAGCAAACAUGAGCAGAAGAAAGUUCAGAUUAAUAUCGGUAUAAUGUGUCUUCAGAGUGGUGCCUUAAAACCACUACGGGGGAAAACACUCCCCCUGUUCACAGACCCACAAAUAACUGCAAACGAUCUCCUUAGGAUGGCAGAAAAAAAAUUCAAAGACUUUAACAAAGACAUGGAGGAAGGACCCUACAUACUUCUCUAUCCAGAUUUAUCUGAAGUUAUUAAUGUUCCCGGGACACAGAGACCCUUUACACUUAAAGAUUACAAAUCUGAGAUUGGAAAACCAUAUCAGAGGAUAAAUUUGUUUAUUUGCAAAAAGAAUGACUUUGAAGCAAACCAAAUUCUCAGUUCAGACUCUGACACAGACACAGAAGUUUUCAUAAGAACAAGGCAUACGGAUGAAUCCAACCUGGCUGACACAAUGCCAAUAACACCUCAGCAUUCAAGCACACCGGAAAAAACAACAGUUAACAAAACUGGUCUUGAUGUGGUUCCACAACACAGAGGUGUAAUAGAGCUUUCUGAUUCCGAGGAUGAGCGUCCAAGUACUUCAGACCAUGCUGCCAGAGAGAAUCUGUGUUACAGAGAAUACGUGGAUGUGUAUGCGCCUCCGACUACUCAAGAGGAUGAUGAGCUUGUAACCACAGCACAAAGUUUUGACCUCCCAGAACAGCUAGAGGGUGAAAGCAGUUUAACAGCUCCUGACAUUAUUUCGAAUCUGGCUCUUGCCAUUGAUCGAAAGAGUGUCAGCAGAUUCAACAUAAUGAGAUCCAAUGUGUGGGAUGGAGCAGUCAGAGGAUUUAAACGGGUAUCAUACUCAGAAUUCAAUGAUAUGUUUGUGAAGUUCUCGGAUGAUGCUGGCACGUUUGAAGAGGGACUUGAUACAGGAGGACCAAGAAGGGAACUUCUCACUUUACUGAUGAGCUCCCUGCAGAAUCGACCCAUUUUUGAUGGACCUCCUUAUAGCCGCUACGUGGUAUACAAUUCAGUUGCGGUUAGGGAAGAUGAGUAUUUCUUAGCAGGGAAGAUGAUUGCGGUGUCAAUAGUACAUGGAGGACCAGGGCCCCAUUUUCUCUCAAAAGACCUGGUAAACCACAUUAUAGACCAGCCCUCUUUCAGCGCUACUGUUAAAGAUGUGACAGAUGAGGGUAUAGUGAAAGCAUUGCAAGAGAUUCAGAAUGCCACUUCUCUGGAGUCACUACAAGAUCUAAUUUUAAAGAACAGCUCUCUGCUCCAGACUGCUGGGUGUUUUCGACUGGUGAAGAAUUUUGAGGAGAAACAUAAAGUUGUGGAAGAAUAUCUCAGGUGGUAUGUGAUUGACAGAAACCAGAGUGUAAUCAAAAGAUUUAAAGAUGGACUUGCCACCCUGCAGUUUCUGACUGCACUUCAGCAGCAUCCCCGUGUGUUAGGAUCUUUCCUGUGCCACAAUGAAAAGAAACUAACAGCCAUCGAUUUGGAAAACCUCUUCAAACACGAACUUAGCCCAGCAGGUAGUAACCAGAGGCAAAACGAAUCCAAGACCCUUUCCUUUUGGUCAGACUAUCUCCUCGACUGUGAAGAACACCAGACUGAAGUGUCACUGGAGAAUCUGCUGAUGUUCGCCACUGGUCUCACAUCACUUCCACCAGCUGGAAUAACACCACAACCAUGCAUUGUUUUUCUUGACACUUCACCCUUUCCAAUGGCAAACACAUGUGCAAACACCCUCAAGUUACCGCUUUCAGAGACAUACAGUAGUUUUAAAUCUCACAUGGAUUUCGGAAUCCAGAAUUCUCCAGGCUUUGGAUGCUUUUAAUUAAACUCAAAUGUACUAGUCAGUAUCAGUGUUCACAGUUUUUGAAAUGUCACAGUUUUCAGUUUAUGCAUGGCAUUAAGUUCUUAACAUGAUGUACCCCGUGGUUUCUAGUGUCAUCUUUAAGAAUUCUCGUGCUCAGAGACCUGCUGUUUCCUUCAUUGUAAAAUAAAGAUGUAAUGCUUCCUCCCAA